AUGCUCGCACACUCGGCGUUCUUAUCGACACUACUCGUUUAUGCCGUAACCUUCGGUAGAGCUGUCUCCAACCGCACGCUGGUCACGAUAUCUUAUCGUGGGACCCGACUCGACAUCCGUCAUGUACCGAGUAUGAUGGCACAGGUCGUAUCUGCUUCUGGUGGAAGAACAUACACUCUCACUCAAGAUGAUCGUAAGUGCGAGCGAUGUUUCGCACAAGAUGGUAUGGUAUAUGACUUGAAGGCGAUAGGGAUCCAGAUUGUAGAGUCUAAAUGCUCAGUUGGUCAUAGUCAGAUUCUCAACUACUUGAGGAAGGCCGAAGAUUUGCUCGGCAUUGAAUUUGAGUGUGAGCCCGACUCUGGGGUCAGUCUGAUCCCGACUCCCCCGUCACAUACGGCCCAAAGAUCUCCCAUAAUUACCACCAGUUGUACUGGUGGCAAUCCUUUUCUCGGUACCAACGAUCCCGCCUCCUCCUGCCAGCGUAACCUCGAGGUUAUCCGCCUAGGGGCUGCCUGGGAAGCGGCUCGCUCAGCCGGACGGGAGCUGAAGGAUGUCGUGUUGGCCAUCAUCGAUAGUGGUGUUGAUAUGACUCAUCCUGAUCUGGUCAAUCAAUUCUGGAGGAACCCAUCUGACAACUCUAUCGGCUUCAACUUCAUAACGAACACUACUAAUGUUACUGAUGACUACGGCCACGGUACUCACUGCGCCGGGAAUGCAGCCGCUGAGACUAAUAAUAGCAUCGGUAUUGCAGGAGUGGCGAAUAUCGAUGGAUCGAUGACUCAUGUGAAGCUGAUGAUAUUGAAGUUCAUUAACUCUGAAGGAUUUUACCUGGUCAGUGACGCAAUGAGGGCUCUCAACUUCGCGAUUGAGAAUGGGGCUACAGUGUCCUCCCAUUCAUAUGGUGAUCGUUCCACAAGCGAGCUCGAAAAAACUGGCUUCAAGAACGCCGCUGCUGCUGGCCAUGUUACAGUUGUUUCUGCUGGUAAUAACGGAGCUAGAAUAGAGAAUAAUCCACAUUAUCCUUGCUCCUUUGCGCCAGAAAUCCCAUCUAUGCUCUGUGUCGCUGCCAGUACUUCUAGCCCAACCGAAACCGUCUCUCUGGUUGAUUUUUCGAAUGCUGGCUCGUUUACAAAGGUGGCCGCUCCCGGUGUUUAUAUCUAUUCGACCAUGCCAGGAGGGUCAUACGGUUAUAAGAGUGGAACAUCGAUGUCGGCCCCCACUACUGCCGGUGUCGCGGCUUUGCUGGCUACCCUGGGUCUCAAAGGCCAGGAUAUAACAGACACUAUCAUAAAUUCUAGGACAGCCGGUAUACCUAAUAAGUUUAACCUAUCUGAUAUCGGAGAACUGGAUGUUCUCAAGGCCGUUCAAAUGGCUCUUACACAGGUGCUUAGCCGCUCCCUCCAGAAUGAGUAG